GCUUUUAAACGUAUCCGAGGCGUCCUUGCCAGCCUUCUUUCUCUCCUUUCUCGCCAUCCUCUGAUUUUGUUCGCAUCUGUAUUUGAAUCGCACCGGGCUCCUUCAACAGGAGUCGUGUGUGUGUGUGUGUGACUGCCCGCAGGGGAGCCUCAGCAAGUCAUCCUGCGGAGGACCUACUCGCGAUUUGAUCUCGCAGAUAGCCCCCCAGCCCGUAGCUCAACCCGCCUCUUAAUAGUCAGUUGGUCUCCCUGGACGACUUGUCACCAUGGCUGCCGAAGAGACCGCGGCCAUCUCUCCCACCCGGGUGCUCUUGCUCACCGCAGGGGGUCUCCUUCGGGAGCACUGGAUGUAUCUCAUCCCGCUCUUCGUCGUCAUCCGCCUGCUGUAUAAGCGCUACGCAUCGCCACUGCGCUCGUACCCGGGCCCGUUCCUGGCCUCGUGCACGCGUCUCUGGAAAGUCAUCUCGACGGCCUCGGAGAAUACGCACCUGCACCACAUCGAGCUGCACCGCAAGUACGGACCAGUAGUGCGCAUCGCGCCGAACGAGCUGUCCUUCUCGUCGCCGACGGUGGCGCGCAACGUGCUGUCGGCGGGCAAGCGGUUCUACAAGACGGACUUCUACGCCGUCUUCCCGCCGCCGGAGAACCCGGACAUCUUCACCGAGACCCGCGAGGAAGUGCACGCGAUGAAGAAGAAGGUGGCCAACGUCCCGUACUCGAUGGCGGCGAUGCGGCAGCUUAGCCCCUUCAUCGACGACACGAUCGACUUCCUGGUGAGCCGGCUCGACCAGUUCUGUCCCGACUCGGAGUCGGCGGUGCCGGGGUUCCAGGCGGCGGCUAUAGCGCCGGACGGGAAGCGGCCAAUCGUGAACCUGGGAGACUGGCUGCACUGGUUCGCGUUCGACGUGCUGGGCGAGGUGGCGUUCGGGCGGUCGUUCGGGUUCAUGGCGGCCGGUCUGGACAAGGAGGACGCGAUCAAGACCAUCGACCAGAGCCAGAAAUACAACGGCAUCGUCGGGCAGAUCCCCGAGGUCGACCACCUGCUACGCCGCAAUCCGCUAUGGAAACUGAUCCCGGCCUUCGACCCCAGCAACGCGCUCGUCACCCGCAUCGCCCUCGAGGAGAUGGGCAAACGCCGCCCCUUCGAGGUCGAGCGUGACGGCAAGGGCGCCGGCGGCGACGGCCGCGAGGACCUCCUCUCGUCGCUGAUCCGGGGCCACCUCAAGGACAAGGAGAAGUUCCACGAAGGCGAUAUCUUUGCUGUAGCUCACGGUGCCAUCUUUGCUGGAUCGGACUCGACAGCAUCGACGAUGCAGUCGUUCUUCUGGCAGGUGCUGGCGAUACCACGGGUGUACAAAAAGCUGGUGGCGGAGAUCGAGGCGGCGGUGACGGACGGGACGAUCCCGGCGCAGGGAAACCCGCAGUGGACGGACACGCAGAACCUGCCCUACUUCCAGGCCUGCCUCAAAGAGAGCAUGCGGGUGCGGCCCGCAGUCGGCCUCAACAUAACGCGCUUGGUGCCUCCCGAGGGCGUCGAGAUCGAGGGCCGCCACCUCCCCGGCGGCACCCGCCUCGCGCUCAACGGCUGGGUCCUGCACCGCGACCGCGAGAUCUUCGGCCAGGACGCCGACUUCUUCCGGCCCGAGCGGUGGCUCGAGGACCCCGAGGACGCCCGCAUCAUGGAGCGGUACAUGGUCCAGUUCGGCGGUGGCGCCCACGUUUGCAUCGGGCGCAACCUGGCGCUGCUGGAGAUCAACAAGGUGAUCCCGCGGCUGCUGCGCGACUUCAAAUUCGAGCUGGUGUACCCGAAGCGCGAGCUCAAGGCCAAGGCGACCUUCUUCGUCGUCCAGGAGGGCCUCGAGGUGUACAUUUCGCGGCGCGUCAUCGGCAGCGCUUCUAGUGAGAAGCGGAACGCUGCCGCCGCCGUAUAGGGCUGCGGUAGGCAGCGCGGCGCGGAGAAGGCGCAGGGGGGGGAGGUAAUGGACGCCCGCGCGCGGGCAAAUCCCUAUAUGAACACACACACACAAACACACACACAGAUACACACAUACACAUA